AAGAGUGAAAAUUCGCCAUCUUAAAUAUUUUCCAGUGGUUUACGGAGGGACAUCCGUUUGAGGAAUAAAUUCCGUUCUCGAUACAAUAAUCUGUAUAACUUUAAAAUACUAACAAGUAGACAAAGGAUACCUGGCAACAUCGAGGAAGUAAAGGAUUUAUCAAAGACUUAAUGAAAUGUUGAGCAGUUUGAAGUUAAUUGAACCAUGAACAGCGAUCUUAUAGUGAAAUCUCUGUGUUUUCACGGGCAACCUCUACAAAAGAUUUGGGAAGGAGAGCGUGGCAACCAUGAUUUGCCCCGGCUGGGAAUCGCGAACCCCGACUAUUCUGUUUACAUGGCGCGGCAGAAAAAUUUAACGUUCCAAGAUCGUGCCAAACGCUUGAAACUCCAUCAAUUCGUAGCACGUAAUGCAUCUAUCCUUUUCGACAGUAAGCUUAUUGAAGACAUGCCCUCGGCGAAACGUAGAGAAAAGCCUAACGCGUUUCCGGUUGUGAUGCCACCAUAUGAGGCAUUUCUGAGCAAGUCUAUUGAUAAAUCAAAGCACGUGGCCGAAAUAUUAGAGGUAAUACAACCUGGCGAUAUCAUAUACGGGAUGGUUUUGUCGCGAACAGCUUAUGGUGUUGUGGUAAAAGUUUUAUGUACCGGGGAGCCGGUGUUUCGAUAUUUAGCUGAUAUUACAAUAAAGGCAUAUGUUGUGACCCAAAACCUAGUGCCAGCUUAUGAUAAAAAAGGCAAUCCCAAAACAUAUAAUGCAAACGAUUAUGUUUGUUGCGAGGUUUUAGAUGUUUCAGCCGACGCAGAUCGAAUGGUGCUUGGAAUGAAAGGUGCACUGACUAUCGACGCUAAGGCUCCAUUGGGAUUAAUAACGGCCGAGCAAAUGCCUGAAUAUUAUAAGAUGUUCACGGCGAAUGAUGAAGCUACGGUGGAAGACUUAUUAGGAAAGUCAAAAGCGUUUCAGAAUCCAAAUUGUGUUGACCUUCUAUUUCAGGAAAGUGGUCUAGACCCUAAUGAAAUUUAUAGCAAUAUACCAGCUUUAAAAAAUCGUUUCCCACAACAAGAAUAUGCCACUGAACUGCGGCAAAUCCAGGCGAGUAAGUGGGCUUUUCGUUCUGUGGCAGAUGGCAUCGAACAUUUUAAAGUGGGGCGUCAUUCAGAAGCAUUUCAAUGUCUGAAUAAGGCCCUUAGUAUUGACCCUCGCAACGUGGAAGGGUUGGUUGCCCGUGGUGCUUUGUAUGCAAACAGCGGAUCAUUUAAAAAGGCGGUCGAUGAUUUCGAAACUGCUUUGAAACUGAACCCUUACCAUGCAAAUGCCCGAAAAUAUAUGGGUGAAACGCUUGUUGCGCUUGGUCGAAGUUACGAAGAAGAGAGCCGUGUCGAUGAGGCUCGUAAAGCUUACAUGGACUGUUUGAAUAUAAUCCCACAUCAUGAGGAUGCUAAGAGCUCACUAGACUUCCUCAAUAGUAAAACUGGUCAAGGAAAGCAAUUAAUAGAUGCUAAUGAGUUAGCGUUACCUGCAUUUUCAGGAACCAUAAUCAAGAAGGAAGUGGAAUCGAAGAAGGACAGAAGUUCCAAGAAGAAAAACAAAAGUCGCAAGCGAAAAGAUUCGUCAAGUACAUCAUCGAGCAAUGAUUCAAGUGACUCCGAAUCGAAUAGUUCAGAGUCGUCUACUACAAGCGAUUCUUCAAGUUCAUCAACAGAUUCGGAAUCAUCAGAAGAUCCAUCGUUUAAAAGUAAAAAGAAAAAUCACAGCCGAAAAAAAUCACUAUCACCGCUUAGUAAGCGCAUGGCUUUGAUGGACGAGCAACAUCCACAAUCGUGCACGACUCGUUAUCAGUUCAAUCAACCCUUUCAUCUGGCAAACACUUCUUCGGCUUCGGGUCAAGAUGAUUAUGAUUCAAAAGUUCGCAAUUUCCUAAACAUGACAAACGAAGAUGAAGACUAUGAAUCCAGAGUUCGGAAAUUAAUAGAAGAGGCGUCAAAGCACAAAAAAGAUCGAAAGAAUGACGAAAAGUCGAAGAAAAAAGACAAAAAGAAACAGAAAAAAAUGAAAAAAGAAAAUAAGAAGGAAAAACGUCGUAAGGAAAAAUCAAAGAACAAUUCUGAUUUAUCGCAGUUGGAAAAUAUGGAAUUAAAGGAGGCGUUGAAGAUUUUGAAAACGCUUCCAGUGCCUGGUUCGGGGGGAAAAUCAAUACAGGAUGAUCUUGAAGAAUGCCAGAAAUAUGAACAGAUUGUGGACCUGUUGCAAAAGAGACGAGAGCAGUCAAUAACCUCAAAAGAGCAACAGUCGACAUCAAAAUUAGUUGGAAAAUCGGGUCCAUACAGCUCGUUCGAAAGAAAUAUUGAAAGGGAUUCAUCAUUUAACUCUAAUCAGCAGCAGUCACAGUUGUCCGCUUCUAAACCACAGUCUCCACCACCACCUCCGCCCGUUAAAAAGCCGACUACUCCACCGCCACCACCUCCGAUUAGUAUCGACCGACCCCGUCUGCCUGCUCCUAUACAACUUGCUCCAGCGAAACCUCCGGUUGUCUUGGAUAAAUUCGGUUCAUUUCGUUUGGCUGCGUUCGAUGAUUCAAAAGAUUUACCCAGUACAUCACGGAAAUCAACAUCACCGUCCCCACGCGAUCGUUAUAGCCGGUCCCUUUCAAGAUCCCGUUCGCGGUCUCGAUAUCGACGUAGAUCUCGAUCACCGCGCCGAUCUGUAUCGCGUUCAGGGAGGCGGUCGCGAUCUCCUAGGCGGUCACGGUCGGCCAGACGUUCGAUUUCGCGACGUAGAUCUCGUUCAAGAUCUGUUCAUCGAUCACGAUCUCGAUCCGUCAGGCGGUCUCGUUCUAGACGUCGUUCUUAUUCUCGACAUCGUUCAUAUUCUCGGUCUAACCGACGUCGAUUUAGUCGAACACCAGUACGUCGUCGUUCCAGGUCAUAUGACAGUGUAGACCGUCGAUGGCGGGGCAGCCGUUCACGUUCUCGUUCUUAUUCAUCGCGGUCUGGGUCCAGAAGCCCUAUAGAUGAUCGUCGUGGUGGCCGUAGACGCGGCAUGUCUUAUCGCGGCUCACGUGGUUUUGGACGCGGAUUUAGAGGAGGUCGUGGUCGAGGUCGUAGAGGUGGAUUCCGAGGAGGUCGAAGAUCACCAUUCUUUCGCCCUGGGCGACGUGGAUCAUUUGAUGAUCGAGAAAGCCAUCAACGUGAUGACCGAAGUAGUGGCGACGAAGAUAGUUACAAACGAAAAGGUAGAAAUCGGGACAAAGACAAAGACGGUAUCGAUGGCAAAUGGGCUCAUGAUAAGUAUGAGAAAUCGAAACCGAUUGAUGCUGCUGAAGAAGAGGAGAAUUGGGACGAUAAUCCAUCGAAAGUGGAUGCAAUCGAUGAGACUGUAGAAGAAAUUGACAAGAAGAUCGAUCAAGCUCAGAAGGAAAGAAAGGAGGAAAUUCUGCAAAGAGAUAAGGAUCUACUAAAAAAGCCAACACCAAAUAAUUUGCCAUUUUAAUUAUAUUUGGUUUUAAUUGAAUUUGUUUGGCAUAAUUUGUGGUUUAAGUCUAAUAUUUAGAGGACGUAAUGAAUAUAUCUUCAUCUUUAUUAAAUAUUCUUUGAAAUAAAUUUCUUCAAAAUCGUAAA